AUCCAACCUACCUAUCUGUAAACCCGGUUUGUGGCAAAGUGCUGCUCAUCAACCGUACAUAAGCAAGAGUUUUUAUCGCUAUUUUAAACUUAAAGUUCCUGUUACAACAGCAACUUCUGUGUAGUUUAGUUUAUCCAGUUCCAGUUUAAGUUACAGUUAUCAUCGAGGGGGGGCUUUUUUUUUUAAAUCGUUGUCCGUUAUCAAGCAGCGCAUCGUUUGCUGGGCGAAAGGAAACACACACAAAUAAAACGCAAACCAUUAACGUUAGCUAUAAUAGAAUCCUUUCUGUCAUUUAUUUUUAUUAUUAUUAUUUUGACCUGUAUCUUGCUACGUUACCUGCACCGACAUGGCUACUAAUCCUCCAGGACAAGCCUUUCCAAACAAGGCGCGGGUGGCGAUCCUGGCCGAGCUGGAGAAGGAGAGGAGACGGCUGAUGAGCACUCCCGGAGGCAGCAUCUCGCUGUCCAGACCUAGUCUGAAGGAGUUCAGGGACAACGCAGAACAGCAGCACAUCGCUGCCCAGCAGAAAGCUGCCCUGCAGCAUGCACACACACACUCCACAGGCUUCUUCAUCACUCAGGACUCCUCGUUCGGGAACCUCAUCCUCCCUGUCAUUCCACGCCUGGAGCCUGAGACUUCUUGACCUUAUUUUUUUUUUUUUUUUUAAACCUCUGGUUGUCCUCCUGCUGCCCAGUGUGAGAAGACGCUUUAAAACAACACACAUCACGCACAUCAGACCCACAUGGCUCCCGGUUUCUCUCUUUUAAGUCUGGGAUUAAUGGGACAGUUGUCAGGCAGGUUGUUAACAAUCUCAGGGGAGG